AUGGUAGCUUGGGCAGCUUUAGGCGCAAUGGGAACAAAAGCAUUAGCAUUUGGAGCAAAAGCACUUGGAGCUUAUGACGCAGUAAAUAAAAUGAGUGGAGGAAGGGUUUCAAAGACAUUAGAUGCAAAUAAAGGAAAGAUUGGAGGCUGGGUUGCAAAGAAGUUAAGAUUAAAUAAAAUAGGGCUCAUAAAUAAAGCAUCCAAUUUGGUUGCGACUGAGUCAGAAAAUGCUUUAG